GUUGGUCACCCCGGCAACUGAGUGGUCGCAGCCACAGCAGCAGCAGCCGCCGAUCUGAUCCCGGUCCCACCUCCCGAGAAGAAGGAUCCUCAAUGGGUUUGACUAUUGGUUCGUCGCGGGGCGGAGACAGAAAGGAGGAGAAGGAGGCUGCCGCCCGCAUGGCUUCCACCACCUUGUCCGCCCCGCAGGAGGAGAUGAAGGCCACCAUCAAGAAGCUGAUCGACUCGAAUAUGGUGGUGGUGUUCAGCAAGAGCACCUGCCCGUACUGCAAGAAGGUUAAAGAUCUUUUUGCGAGCCUGGGUGUUGAUAUUCACGUUGUGGAGCUUGAUGUAGUAGAAAAGGGAGCACUUAUGCAGGAAAUGUUGAAUGAUAUUACGGGCCAGAAGACUGUUCCCAAUGUGUUUGUUAACAAGGCUCAUUUGGGUGGCUUUGACAGUACCAAGCAGGCUCAGGAUGAUGGCUUAUUGAAGAGACUUUUGGAUGGUGGUGAAAUGUAUGAUUACGACCUUAUAGUUAUUGGUGGUGGUUCUGGAGGACUUGCAGCCUCAAAGGAAGCUGCCAACCUCAAUAAGAAAGUCUUGGUGUUUGAUUUUGUUGUGCCGACGCCCAGGGGAACUACUUGGGGUCUUGGAGGUACUUGUGUAAAUGUAGGGUGCAUCCCAAAGAAGCUGAUGCACCAGGCUGCUAUUCUAAACCAGAAUUUAAGUGAUUCCCGUAAGUUUGGCUGGGAGUUUGAAGAGGCAGUUCAGCACAACUGGAUCAAGAUGAAAGAUGCGAUCCAGAAGUAUAUUGGCUCUUUGAACUGGGGCUACAGAGUGGCCUUGCGGGAUAAGAAAGUAACUUAUCAUAACUCAUUUGUUGAGUUUGUGGAGCCACAUAAGGUCAAGGCUACCAACAGGAAGGGAACUGCGAGCUUCCAUACAGCAGAUAAAUUUAUAAUCGCAACAGGCGAAAGACCUCGUUAUUUAAAUAUACCAGGGGAUAAAGAGUACUGUAUAACCAGUGAUGAUCUAUUUUCACUGCCUUAUUGCCCAGGGAACACUCUGGUUAUAGGUGCUUCCUACGUUGCACUGGAAUGUGCGGGCUUCCUUGCUGGCCUGGGAUUGCAAGCGACUGUUAUGGUGCGCUCAAUUUUUCUGCGAGGAUUUGACCAGGAAAUGGCAGGGAAAGUUGGAACUUUUAUGGAAAGUCACGGGGUGAAAUUCCUGAAGAAAUAUGUGCCAACGAAGAUUGAAGAGCUGGAAGCUGGAACCCCUGGAAGAAUCAAAGUAACUGCAAAGUCCACAUCUAGUAGAGAGGUUAUUACUGGAGAGUACAAUACUGUAAUAAUUGCAGUGGGUCGUGAAGCUUGCACCAAACACAUUGGCCUUGAGAAAGUUGGUGUUACUCUCAAUGACAAAAAUGGGAAAAUCUUGGUGGACAGUGAAGAAAGGACCAAUGUGCCAUACAUUUAUGGUAUUGGGGAUGUUAUUGAUGGCAAAUUGGAACUGACCCCUGUUGCUGUUCAAGCUGGAAAGCUACUGGCACGCAGACUCUACAAGGGUGCUUCACUCAAGUGUGACUAUGUUAAUGUAUGCACAACUGUCUUUACACCUUUGGAGUAUGGAUGUUGUGGGCUAUCUGAGGAAAACGCUAAAACACUUUAUGGAGACGCACAUAUCGAGGUGUACCAUAGUUUCUUCUUGCCAUUAGAAUGGACCAUAACAGGAAAAGAUAAGAAUACUUGUUAUGGCAAGGUGAUUUGCUCGAAGCUGGAAAAUAAUAAGGUGGUGGGGUUCCAUAUUCUUGGUCCGAAUGCUGGUGAAAUCACUCAAGGUUUUGGUGCGGCGAUGAAGUGCGGCAUGACCAAAGAGCAGCUCAGCAGUGUGAUUGGCAUUCAUCCAACCUGUGCUGAAGUGUUCACAACUAUGGAUAUAACAAAACGAUCAGGUGUGGACGUUUCGAAGAAAGGAGGCUGCUGAGGUUAAGCCCUGCUGUUGUAAUGCUACUGCCUUGCGUGCAUUUGUGCUGCUGUAAGGCCGGCUCAACUUGCAUCUUGCUUCCACUCAGGUAAAACCAACACAAACCGCAGCAGGAACCGUGAAACGGCUUUCCUUGCUGCAGUGUCUUGAGUUGUGUCGCAGCAGAGGAUCACACAUGCAGCGGGGCAUGCAAAGCAACAGCGGGGUAAACCCUGGUUUGAACUUUAUCUCCAGUCCUGCUUGGAAGGGCAUUGACUCCAAGUGGUGCCUCCAUGAAGUUUUGGCUUUUAACCUGUUAUCAGGUAGGCCAUGACAGAUGACUAAAAAGCAGAGUCUGGAACCUCUAUGUCCAUUCAGAUGAUUGUGCUUCCUUUUCUGUACUAGGUCUAGUACCUAAACUCUCUCGGUGAUAUUACUGUUUAUUGUUCCUUAAAUGUACGUUGGGCUGCUGAUGGGGGUGAAAUGAAUAUUUUUCUUUGUAUGGUCUAGCAUCAUUGUACUCUUAAGUUUUUUUUUAAUCAAGAAUUUAUCUGUAAAAGAAUAUGCUACGUUUGAUUAAACACUCUCCCAUUUUGAUAUUUUAUCAAAAAAUAUACUGAUUAUGGUUCAGAAAGCAUAUGUUUGGUUAUUGUGAGGAACUGACGUGUAUAUAAUUUACACUUUACUGCUCAAACUUUUGAAUCUUAGCAAAGUCUAAUGGGCAUAAGGAACUUCCGACCAAACUUCCCUGUUUUAAAAAAUUGAGUUGGAAUGUGUGAAUGUAGUAAAUUCUUUUUGCAGAUAAUUUCAUUCAAAGCUUGUGUUUCUGCAGAAAAUUUCUGUUAAAGUUGAAGUCCUUUUUUUUUUUGUGUUGAACUGUUGGUCACAACCUGUUUAGUUCUAUCUUGAGCUCCUCUCGUAGAUGUUUCUUUUGAAAGAAGGCAGUUUUAAAACUUGCUGUAGUCCUCAUUGUGACCAAUUGAAGUGGCUUUUGAUUGUCCAUCAACAAUUCCUGUUGGUUUUGUUCACUCGCCCUUUAUGCUGAUUUUUAAUUUUGAACAUCUGCAUACUGAGAUUGGGUAUAAAGCAUGCACUAUCACAUUGUUUGUGGCCUUGUAUGUUUGACGGAAAGCACGAAGGUGCUUGGAUAUUUAAUUGGAAUGAUAUUCUAUUUGCAUUUUUUUAACAAUGGUGCUUGUCUUAUCAGAAUUUUUGGUUUAUAACGUCUGAUGUAUCCCGCCUCGAAGCAGCGCCAACUGGAACAUUUCUAUUGUAAACAAAGUUUGUUAUCCAAAGUACAUUUAAUAAAAAUCUAUAUCAAAUUUGAU